AUGGCACUGUGGUUCGCAAGGCACUGGCGGGGUGAGUGCGACGAGGCGAGCUGGCCAGACAAGGACCAUGGCCUUGUAUGCGGCGAAUGCAAGGUGCUGGUGGGCAGGUUCGACUCCUUCUACGGCAACUGCGAUAGCGAGGCCCCGGCCUACUGGGCUGAAGACAUUCAGAGCGAAAUCGACUCGGCCGUCGCUAAGGGCCGCAACGCGAGCGUGUUCAUCCCGCCCGGCAAUCGCCUCGCCUUCGGUACUGGCCCGGUCACAUGCGACGGCAACAUCCAUCUCUCCGUCCGCAGCACCAGAGAGGGGGCGACGCUCGACGGCGAGAAGCUCUCAAACAUGUUUGACAUAAAGGGCGGCUGCAGCCUCUCGCUGUACGCGCUACGCUUUGUGAACGGGCGUUCUGAACGUUACGGCGGCGCAGUGAAGGUGUACAACGCUGGCAAUAUUGCGAUGCAGGACGUGUCAUUCACUGAUUGCGAGUCCGGAAUGUAUGGCGGCGCAGUGUACGUUCGGAAGACCCGUGGCGACAUCUCGCUGGUCGGCGUCACCUUCAGAUCUUGCAAGGCUCGCCAAGGCGGAGCUGUGCUGGUUCUUGAAAGUGGCGCAACCUCGAUGGACGGAGCCACUUUCAUUGCCUGCACCGCUGACUUGGACCACAUUUCUGACUCCCACUCCGAUCAUUUGCCUCCAGGUAAGGGGAAUGAUCAGAAUGGCAAGGCUCGGAAUGCGUUUUCUCAGAACGUUCAGAACACCGGCCGCUGGGCCCGCCUGAGGCGCUGA